GUGAGGCCGAAUCCCCGGCUCGUAGUUCUACAUCCUGCCGGCUGGGUGAGCUCAUUGGCGGCUACCCUGAGCCGUGCGCCGCCCGAGAUGGAGGGCUUCUCAGAGGAGCUGGUUAGCGCCCUGAAGGAGGUGGUCGGCCACAGUAACUGGCAGUGUGUCGGGGACAAGGAGAGGUUUAAAUCCCCCUGUACUAAGUUAUAUUCAGAGGAUGGAGAGCACUUGGUCCUUAUUCAUACAAAUGGUAAAUUUUAUGCCAUGGAUUCAGCAUGUCCCCAUGAAGGUGGUCCAUUGGAGCAAGGAGACAUAGAGGAGCUCUGUGAUGGGCGACUGGCAUUAACCUGUCCAUGGCAUUACUUUGAAUUCUGCUUGGAUGACGGUUCCUCUACCUCUGGAUUACAGAACCAAGUGUAUGAAGUGAAAGUUUGUGAAGGGAAAGUUUAUAUCCAGACGCAGAAUGCAUUAUCUCUAAACCCUUGGAAGAAAACUCAGCCUAAACAGCCAGGUAACACUGAGGCUACUGGAAGCACACAAGCCAUAGGUGAUGAAUGUUCCUUGACCUUCUGGGCCAACAAAAUCCUUUGCACUCCAGAUCCAGAAGAGAAGGCUAAACUGACUCAUCAAGUACAAGAGUUGUGGAACUCAGGGAGAAUUGCAGAAAUUGGACACGCGGAACCCCCUGUCCAGCCGAGCCGCAAAGAGAACCUCACCAUAGUACAGCCAGGCCGAAUCAAGAGAGGCAAGGGAGGCACACUGGCCAGUAGAGUAGCAUUGCUGCAUUCCCUGGCAAACAUCGAGCAAUGGGCAAUAGACUUGUCCUGGGACAUCAUUACCCGCUUUGCUACCUUUGAACUGCAGACCGGUGAGAGGCUUCCAAAAGAAUUCUUCUCAGAUUUUGUGAAAGUUGCUGGUGAUGAAGCAAAGCAUUACUGCUUGCUGGAGAAGCGGCUUGCGGACCUGGGCAGUCAUUUUGGAGAGCUACCUGUGCACAAUGGCUUGUGGCAGUCUGCUUCAGAUACAGCACAUGACUUACUUGGACGGUUGGCUAUUGUACAUAUGGUCCAUGAAGCCAGAGGUCUAGAUGUCCACCCCCAGACGCUGCAAAGAUUUUUGGCACAGGGAGAUGACAGUUCAGCUCAGGUUUUAGAAGUCAUUUAUACAGACGAGAUCACCCAUGUGGCGGCAGGCCUGAAGUGGUUCACGUACAUAUGUGACAAGGAGCAGCGGGACUGCUUAACAACCUUCCACGAGCUAGUACCACUGUAUUUCAGAGGAUACCUAAAACCUCCAUUUAAUACGGAGGGCAGGCAAUCGGCAGGGAUGUCUGAAGAGUGGUAUCUCCCCUUGGUAAAACCAUCCUGAAAGAAUUCCUCAUAGCCGCCAUACCUAAUCCUGGAUAUCUGUGCUUAUUUUAAAGCACACAGUCUCCUCCUGCUGCUCCAUCACAGCGGCUGGCACUCCAUUUCCAUACACGAGGACUCAUUGCUGGGCAAUGUGUAGCGGAGAAUUAAAAUUUACUUUCUUCUCUUAUAUUAUGUUUUAUGCCAAAAUAGUCAGUUUGUGUUCUAUUAUAUGGCUCCCAAUGAUGCUUCAUAUAGGGUUGUGUUAAACUACUGUUUAACGCGGUGCUAAAAUCGAAUAUCACUGGAGCAGCAUAAAAUAUGAGGGAUGCCGUUGAAUUCUUUUAAAA